AUGCAGCAGGAUCGGACACAUUUGGAUGAGCUUCUAGAGGCAGUGAAGAAGGAGUUCGACAAUCUCUCGAGGCAGACAACUCUGUACAAGGACCACCAUCAGGAAUAUGAGAUGAAGAUUAAUCAGCAGCACCAGGAGCUGGCCAGCAUAAGGAACACCGUGUAUGAGUUGGAGCAGGCACACCGGACGAUGAAAGAUGCCUAUGAGAAGGAGAUUAUGCGGUUAAAGCAGGAUCUUGAGAGCCGGGACCGUCUUUUGGAGCAGAAGCAGCAGCAGCAGAAGCAGCAGAGCCAGCAGCAGCAAACUCAGCAGCAGCAGAACGUGCAGAAUGUACAAAAUGCACAAAAACAACAAAAACAGCAAAAACAGCAAAACCAGCCCCAGCAGGCCGGAUUCGGCGCACCGGGGGCCUCGCCGGUGCUCGCGCGGCCUCCAAAUCUCACCGGGGGCCCCACGGCCACUUCGCCCCGCGGUUAUGCGCCACAUAUUUUGGGGGUGCCCGGUGGCGUGACAAAAACCACGAGCCCGGUGACACCGGCGGCGGCCGCGGUUGCCCCGGUGGCCGGAAGUGUUCCGGCGGGAUCACAAGCGGUUCCGGUGGCCCGGCCGAAAGCGGCCCCGGCAGCAGCCACGCAGCAUAACGAGGCAGGCGACCGCCCCGGCGAGCAGGAAAAGCCCCGGGAGGUGGCUGCAGUGUCGCAGGAGGUGCAGUUGCACCGGGCAGAGCACAACAAGCCGAUUCCGCAGUUUUUGGAGGAUUUCGACUCGUACAACACUCUCCCCUACAAGAAGAAGCACGCGGAAUAUUACGAGGUGUACAACCCAAGCGUGCCGAAGCGGGCGGAGAUCUCGCUCGUGCAUUCCUUUGCACACACGUCGGUUGUUUGCUGCGUGCGGUUUUCCAAGGAUGGAAAAUUUCUGGCCACUGGAUGCAACAAACUCACCCAGGUGUUUAGUGUGGAGACAGGUGACUUGGUUGCCCGAUUGAGCGACGAGACGAACGGUGACGGUGGAAAUUCGAGUGCGAACGAGGGUGCAGGCGGUGCAAACGCAGGAAAUAAUGGAAACGCAAACGGAAACGCAAACGCAAACGCAAACGCAAACGAGGGCGGGAACUCGGCGAACUCGGCGAACGGAGGUGACUUGUACAUCCGGAGUGUUGCAUUUUCGCCCGAUGGCAAGUACUUGGCAACAGGUGCCGAGGAUAAGAUCAUCCGGAUCUGGGAUUUGGCAACCCGCACAGUGGUGAAGUAUUUGCGGGGCCACGAGCAGGAUAUCUACUCGUUGGACUUCUUCCCGGACGGCACGAAACUCGUUUCGGGCUCUGGAGACCGCACGGUGCGGAUUUGGGACGUUUUCACGGGCCAGUGCUCGCUCACACUCUCAAUUGAGGACGGUGUGACCACCGUGGCCGUUUCUCCGGAUGGGAAACUCAUUGCCGCGGGCUCCUUGGACCGCACGGUGCGUGUUUGGGACGCAAAUCAAGGAUUUUUGGUGGAGAGAUUGGAUUCCGCCAGCGGGGCCGGAAACGGCCACAUGGACUCCGUUUACUCGGUUACUUUCACGCACGACGGCCACCAGAUCCUCUCGGGCUCACUUGACCGCACCGUCAAGUUGUGGUCCUUGAAAGAUCUCCAGAGACAGCAGGGGGCCUCUUCCAAAUCCAACUGCGAGGUCACCUACGUUGGCCACAAGGACUUUGUGCUCUCUGUGUGCUGCACGCCGGACGAUCAGUUUGUUCUCUCGGGUUCCAAGGACCGCGGCGUCAUUCUCUGGGACAAGGUUACUGGGGAGCCCUACAUUAUGCUCCAGGGCCACCGGAAUUCCGUCAUAAGUGUUGCCGUCUCCCCAGUCAUGUCCACUUCCCGUGGAAUGCACGGUGGCUUCUUUGCCACUGGAUCUGGUGACUGCAAGGCCCGGAUCUGGCGCUGGGAGCGCGUCGCCUUGUGA